AAAGCAAAAUCUUGCGGCGUUUAUGACACAAGCAAGAAUCAAACGCCAACAACCGCCCUUAUUGCCACCUUUUCUUCGAAAUUGGGAACAACAACCCCGGGUUAUAUCGGUACAAUUUCCAAGCGGAAGAAGAAGUAGAAGUGGAGGAGGAUUCAGAAAAUUGCGGAGAUGAACAAAACCUCCGGUUCUGGAUUCGGUGGAAGUGCGAGCGACAAGCAAAAACGCAACAAGGGGAAGAAAGAAGCUCGCAAACGCGAAAACGGAACCUGGACGGAAUGGCACAACGAGCUGGAGAAAUUUUUGGCGCAACAUCGUGAUUCAAGAACCAAUGCCUCUAUAGACAGAUCUGUUUUGAACACGCUGAAAAAAGUAUUGCGGUGCCAGGCUCCGGAUUGGUGGUGGAAAGGAUUGCAACAAAAAAUGUACCUUCUGGCYAUCAAGGUAUCCAUCGUUUUGACCGAGCAGUAUCCACAGGACUGGGGUGAUCCCGACGACACAGAAUCGGCAAUCGGCGCCCUAGAAGAACUCGCAGAAAUGUCGAAGAUCUUGGUGGCAUCGUCGACUGCAUCUGCAUCCGAUGCAUCUGUAUCGUCAGCCAAAGGUCAUAGUUCCGAAAGCAAAACACUAUCAACGAAAAAAUACGAAAACAACACACACGACAACGGAAGCAUAAACGCGUACAACUGGAUACGAGAUCAGACAUCAAAGAAACGAAGUGUCAAGCAUAAAUUUACGGUGAAGGACAUGUUGCUUCCAAAAGCUGUCCUGCAAUUGAAAGAAGAAGCCAUGGCUGCUAGUAAAAAAUUCAUUGAACAACCCGAAUGCAGCAUGGUGGGAACCCACGAUUACUACCGCCAGAAAAUGCGCCCUUUAGCGUUCUCCAUGGUCGAGGGAUCUUCCUUUGAAAAUCCCAAGCACUAUUAUGCUCCCGGGGGUGGAUGCAAGAGAUACCGACAGAGUAGGUUGCCAAACAGCAAAGSAUCAAGCCCCUCCAAAAGCCAAUCGUCUGCGGCAAUCUUAUGGAAAGAACUUUCUGCCUAUCCAACCGCACUACCUGUUGAGUAUGGGAGYUCCAUUUUUGUUCGAGCAUUAGAGACUGAGCUGGACAAGCUUCGAGUUCUAAUCAUCGGCCCGGAAGAUACCCCUUAUGCGAACGGGUGCUUUUUCUUUGACGUAAUCAUGGGAGACGAUUAUCCGAACAAACCGCCCAAGGUUCAGUUUUUGACAACUACUUCGUUUCUACCAACAGCUUGUGGCAACAAGCGGGUUCGUUUCAACCCCAACUUAUACGCCGAUGGGAAGGUGUGCAUGAGCCUACUUGGGACAUGGACGGGCCCCAGCUGGACGCCCAAGGAAUCAACCCUCCUACAGGUACUUGUGUCUCUACAAAGCCUCAUUCUUGGCACCGCUAAUCCAUUCUUUAACGAACCGGGCUACGAGCGUAUGGAAGGGACACYUUCAGGAGACCGUAAUACAAAGGCUUACAACGUUAUGAUCAGACAGCAGACUUUAAAGGUGGCCAUGCUUCCCUUUCUGUACAACCAGCUUGGMGGUAACGUUAAUGAAUGUUCGGGGAUGAACGACUGCAAAGCUGCCCCAGUUCCGAGAGCAAACGCCUCGAUCAGAGGCAACCACAAACGAAAGAGCUUUUGCAAUGCGUCGUUUCCACCCAAUCACUACUUUUCCGAAUUCAAAGAAGUGAUACAGCAACAUUUUCGAAUUAAGAAGCGAUCGAUACAAACGCAACUUUUCCAAUGGCUAAAAGAGGAUGUUGCAGGAUUGGAGGCUUUGAUCUCCGAAUAUUGGUCAGUGUUUAAUCAACUCGAAGAGCAGCGUAAAAAAUUGUUGUCUGCAUCGAAGCGAUCUAGAACUAUCRCAGGAACGUUUGUAACUGCCUCACCCGCAAUACCGAGAUCAAAAGGUAGAGGCAACAAGGACGAAGCUAUUGAACUACUACCAGACAGCGAAGACGAGAAMAGCAAUAGUGACAAUAACCGAAAGAUGUCAGUAAACACAGUUGAACUACUGGUAGACAGCGACGACGACAACGAGAAUAAUUGCAAAGCAAAGCACGUGGAUUAUCGAAAGCCCCCGACAGCAACUAUUGAACUUUUGGUGGAUAGCGAUGACGACAAUAAUUAUGGCGUUGACGCACAAUCCGUAAGUGAAAAGAAGUCRGCGGCUACGGUUGACCUACAAAUCAAUGAAAAACAGAAAUCUGUGAAUAAUGAAGAUCCUGAUGAAGCGAUUGAGCUACUGACGGACAGUGAAGACAGCARCCAACGAGAUGGCGAAGCGCAGUCUCUAAACUCAAAGAAACCAACAGAAACGRUUGAAAUUCUGAUGGACAGCGACGACGAAAACCCCGCGCAGAAUAAAUAGUUCAAAAAUCUUUCACUAGUGAAAACAUGAAAUUUUGGAACGCAUUCUUGCUGCUACCAACUAUUACUAUUACUAUUACUAUUACUAUUACUAUUACUAUUACUAUUACUAUUACUAUUACUAUUACUAUUACUAUUACUAUUACUAGUAAUCCUAUCAGAACCGAGUGGGCUUUCCCGACUUUUAGCUCAUACUUUUCUUUCAGCAAGCAAAGAGUCAUAGUAUAACAAGGCAGGAUGACAUGGGUGUACUCGAUACUAUCAUAUUUAGGUUGCAAAGGAAGACAAAUAUACCCACGCUAGCAGA